AAUAAUAUGAAGCAGCGAUAAAAAUCUCAUACAUACCUAUACAAAUAAAUUUGUAAACAUUUGAAUGUACCCUGUUCAUCUGAAUUAUUGAAUGGAAUUUAAGAGACAGAAAUAGUUUUAAUUUUAGAAUAGAUAGGGUUAUAAGGUAUAAAAAUAAGAAUAAAUAGAUAUUGAACCUCUGUAGUUAUUGUUAGCACAAUGUAAAUUCAAAACAAUAACACUGAAAAGUAUAUAGAAGAACUUGAAAUUAAAUAAAUCUAUGGCACAUGAUAAUUAUAAAAAUGAAUUAUUAGAGAUCUUGAAGGUGAUUACUAAGUUAUUCUCAAAGAGCUUAGAUGUGAUAACAUUUAUAAUUAGAGACAUAAGAAUGAGUAGUGAACAUAUGCAAAUAAUUUCAUAAGGGAUAGCAGUAGUGUAAUCUUUAAAGGAGCUACGAAUUAUAUAGUGCUUGAUGACUUCAAAUCAUUUCAGCAUUCUAUAACCAUCACUAAUUUAGAAUUCCUCUCUUCAUAUAGUAGAUUUUUCUCACAAUUAUUUGACACAUUAAAUUGGAGUAUUGUUAGGAUAAUUACUUCAAGAACAUGGCAAAAGAAGAGACAGUGUUGAUUAUUUGUAUAGAACAAAAGGUGAAAGUCCAGAAGAAGACAUAUCUAAAAUAGGAAUAGGAGAAUUAGACUUAUCCUAUAAUAAAUUAAAUGAUUAGUUUGUUAAAGAUGUCGUUCCUUAUCUAGAAAGAGAUAGAUGGAUAAAAUCAAUAAAUUUGAAAUAUAAUGCUAUACAAAAAGAGGGAUUUGAAUUACUAAUCUAAUUACUUGAUAAAAAUACUACUAUAACAAGUUUAGACACUCGAAGAAAUUUAGGAACUACUCAAUAGUUUUAAAAAGAGAUAUUAAGGAAAUUGAUGAGAAAUAAAAAUACUAAGAAUGACUUACAAGAAUAAAGAAUAGAAGAGGAAAAUGAAAACAUUUUAGUCAAUGUGUCUGCUAUCCCAUAAAAUCUACUAUCUGUUAUAUCUGAUUAAGAAAGUCCUGUUAUGUCUUUUGGAGUUUUCGAAUAAAAUAAUUAAACUAAACAAAUGUCAAUAUCAGGUAGACAAGAUCAAUUUAAAUUCAAAUCUGGUUAUAAGAAUAAUGAUUCUGGGUGCUUAGAUUGUAUUCGAUUGUAAAUUAAAGUUAAAAAAUAACAAUAAAUUAUUUAAUUACUAAAAUAAGAGGUAUAAUAUCUUAGAUUUUCACUGUAAUCAAAACAAUAACAAUCCUAGUAAUAAUAAUCAUAAUAACAAUAGUAAUAAUAACAAUAGACAAUGAAUUUUUUAAAUUUAUCAGAUAAUCACAAUUAGCAUCCACCACCAUAAGAAGUGGAAUAGGAAGAUAUGUUGAAUAAAAUAGAAUACAUGAUGAAUGAAUUAACUAGAAUGAUGGAUGGUUUAGAUGCUUAAGGAAGUGUAACUAAUAAUCUUAAUGCUCAUCUUUCAAGUACACUUAUUGGAUAAGAUUACACUAGAGUAAUAUGUGAGAGAGAAGAUAGAGCUAAUGAUUUCAUGAAUAUUUUAGGAGACAAUAGCUAAAACAAUUCAUCAGAAUGUUCUGAAGAUGAAGCUAAAUCAUAGUGAUAAUAUUUUUG